GUAGGUGGAGGGACCGAGCGAAGCCGCUGGCCCGGAGCUGGAGAGUCGGGCUAGUGCGUUGUGGACAUUCAGCAAGCUCGCCGAGGCGGGGCUGGUGGCUUCGAGCUAGGACUGCUUAAGAGGCAGUUUUUAGUGAAAAAACAUCGGGCUGAGAUCAAGACCCAUCUCUUCACUAAUUUGACAGUGUGCAAGUUCUCCAACCUCUUUGGAUCUCAUUUGCUUCAUCUGUAAAGAAGAAAUAAACAUUCUUUACCUGUCUGAAGAUGAGGUGGAGGACCAUCCUACCACAAUAUUGUUUGCUCUUGAUUACCUGUCUGCUUAGUGCUUUCGAAGCUGUGCCUAUAGACAUAGACAAGACGAAAGUAAAAAAUACCGAACCUGUGGAAAGUGCAAAGAUAGAACCACCAGAUACUGGACUUUAUUAUGAUGAAUAUCUCAAGCAAGUGAUUGAUGUGCUGGAAACAGAUAAAUAUUUCAGAGAAAAGCUCCAGAAAGCAGACAUAGAGGAAAUAAAGAGUGGAAAGCUAAGCAAAGAGCUGGAUUUAGUAAGUCACCAUGUGAGGACAAAACUAGAUGAACUGAAAAGGCAAGAAGUAGCAAGGUUAAGAAUGCUAAUUAAAGCUAAAAUGGAUUCCCUUCAAGAUACAGGCAUAGACCACCAAGCUCUUCUAAAACAGUUUGAUCACCUAAACCACAUGAAUCCUCAUACGUUUGAAUCCACAGAUUUAGAUAUGCUAAUCAAAGCGGCUACAAGUGACCUGGAACACUAUGACAAAACUCGACAUGAAGAAUUUAAAAAAUAUGAAAUGUUGAAGGAACAUGAAAGAAGAGAAUAUUUAAAAACACUGAAUGAAGAAAAGAGAAAAGAAGAAGAAUCUAAAUUUGAAGAAAUGAAGAAAAAGCACGAAAAUCAUCCCAAAGUUAACCAUCCAGGAAGCAAAGAUCAACUGAAAGAGGUAUGGGAAGAAGCUGAUGGAUUGGAUCCUAAUGACUUUGACCCCAAGACAUUUUUCAAAUUACAUGAUGUCAAUAAUGAUGGCUUCCUGGAUGAACAAGAAUUAGAAGCCCUGUUUACUAAAGAGUUGGAGAAAGUAUAUGACCCCAAAAAUGAAGAGGAUGAUAUGAUAGAAAUGGAGGAAGAAAGGCUUAGAAUGAGGGAACAUGUAAUGAAUGAGAUUGAUGCUAACAAAGACCGAUUGGUGACUCUGGAAGAGUUUUUAAGAGCUACAGAAAAAAAAGAAUUCUUGGAGCCAGAGAGCUGGGAGACAUUGGAUCAGCAACAGUUCUUCACAGAGGAAGAACUGAAAGAAUAUGAAAAUCAUAUCUCUUUACAAGAAGAUGAACUUAGGAAGAAGGCAGAUGAGCUUCAGAAACAAAAAGAAGAGUUACAACGUCAGCACGACCAACUUCAGGCUCAGAAGAUGGAAUUUCAUCAGGCCGUACAGCAGAUGGAACAAAAAAAAUUACAACAGGGAAUUCCUCCAUCAGGGCCAGCUGGAGAACUGAAAUUUCAGCCACGUCAAGGAGCCCUGGUGGCCUAGUGGUUAAGCUCUUGGCUGCUAACCGAGAAGUUGGUGAUUCGAACCCAUCAGCCACUCUGUGGGAGAAAGAUGUGACAGUCUGCCCCCAUAAAGAAUUCAGGCUUGGAAACCCUACCGGGCAGUUCUACCCUGUCCCGUAGGGUCGCUGUGAGUCAGAAUCGACUCAACGGCAAUAGGUUUGAUAUUUUAAAGUCAGGAUUUUAAAGACCUUUUAUUUAUUUGUUACUAAUUGUGUGGGGGGGGGGGAGGAUUUUGAAGGUUUUUUCCUCCAUUUAAAUGUUGAAAUUAAAAAUGUAACCUUUUAUAAAUUUGUGACUGAAACUAUCCUGUUAAUUUUAAACUUCAUAAAGUAGUUCUACUAAUCUGAAGACCACUUAGAUAUAAUUCUUCUUGAUUGAUUUGGAUAUUUGGACUAUUUUUAAAACUACAAAUAAUUGGUUUUUAAUUUCAUAGGGAAUCAGAAAGAUAGAGACUUUAUACAAGUUUUGUUAUAUUUGAAUGUUUUUUGAAUAUAUGUUGUAAAAAUUCUUCCAGUACAAUGUAUGUUGGAAAAUAUUAUUCUAGUCAUUGUUUGUAUAGGUUCAUUUUCAAUUGUAUUAAACAA